ACCUCCUGCUCCUUAUGUGUUCCCGUCGGAGCUACAAAUAUCUAAUACUACUGCACAGAUUCGUAUCUGUAUCUAGUCUAGAGAGAGAAAGUGAUUGACGGGACUUUCUCUCUCUACAAUCAUGGAAACUGCUGCCUCCUCCGUCGAUCCCUUCCUCGUUGAGGCUCUUCAAAACCCUCGUCAUCGUCUCACCAUCUUGCGGAUGGAACUUGAUAUUCAGAAUUUCCUUCGAAACUCUAAACAACAACAGUUUGAGUUUCAACAUUUCCCAACAUCUUACCUUCGUCUUGCAGCACAUCGUGUUGCUCAACACUAUGGUCUACUAACUAUGGUUCAAGAUUAUUCCUUAGAUGGGCAAGGAAUGAAAAUUGUGGUGAAAAGGUUGGCUAAUAGUAGUUACCCCGCUGUUUGUUUGUCAGACGUACCAGUUCAACAAUCAGACAAUGACAAGCUUGAGCAGAAAAAGUUUGUCAUAAGACCAAGGCCCAAAUCCUCGAAUGGAUCUAGUGAGUUGGAAAAACGAAGUUCCACAAGAACUGUAGAAGAGAGAAAGGAAGAGUAUGACAGGGCUAGAGCUCGUAUAUUUAGUGGUCCUAAUAGUCCUGAGUCGGAAGACACAGUAUCUCAGUCCCCCCUAAACAGAAAGAUUGAAAAUUCUGUCGUGGAUGAAAGUGAAGCAAGUGACUUGGAUAGAAACUUUAGCGCAAAGGAUGGUAGUGUUCCCUCGCGUGUGGCUAUUUUUAGGGAUAGGGAGAAGGAUCGUUCAGAUCCAGAUUAUGAUCGGAGCUACAACAGGUAUGUCAGGAAUGUUCCUAACACUCAAAACCUUAACUUGGCACCUUUCAAUAUGCAGAGUUUCCACCCUCCAUAUCUGCAUUAUGAUUCUGCUACGCCGCAGUUGGGACAGUUGCCAAGCUCCCAAGCUUCCAUUGGAUAUAGUAAUACAGUCAUGAGCCCCUACUGUGCUAUUGGACUGAAUCAGACAUCACGAGAUGCUGUCUAUAUGCAGUGGCCAUCUCAUGCCAUGAUGUAUCCACAGCCAUAUGAUCAGUUUACACAUGCUGUUUUUCAGGCUCCUUUCUGUCAGCAGCCCCUUAGUUUUGAAUACUCUCACAAUUACUGAAUUCUAUGCCUUAGCAUCUGAAGGGCUCACUCAACUCAUUCUUAUCUUCAUUCCUAUUUGAGGUUCCUUUCUAGGAUUGUUAGCUGUUUUAAAUGUUCUUUAGAUUUCUCAUUGUACUUUAUGUUAGAUUUUGUUUCAUUUUUUCUGGAUCCUACUAUGUGAGGGAUGGAGAGAAAUAUAUAUUAUACAAUUACUCCAAAGCACUUGUGCUUUUUCAGAAUUA